AUGAACUGGACCGGGGGACAGUUGCGACGACAUUCUGGCCGUCAUAACAUCUUAUCCAAGAGCCAGAGGCAGAACUCUGCCAAGUCCGGGCAGCUAGCCAGCAACAGAGUGUUUCGCCAACCUUCGCCCGUUCGCGGGGUUCCAGACCGUGCCAGCUGGGAUGAUGACGCGAUCUGCAGGGCGGGACAGGGAACAGUGCGGGAGGAGGCACAGGACCACCUCAAGACCAUGCGACCGAGUCUUCCUCUUUUGGCCGGGAUUGCUUCCGCGGAUGGCACUAACGGACUGGAUACCCUGAAACGCCGACUGCUUCAAGACCCUGACUGGGCAGCUGUGUCUGCAGCCCGGCCUCUCCAGGUCGCACUCACCCCGGCUGACGAAAUCGAGCGGUUUGGAAAGCGACGCAAGCUGAACCAAGCAGACCGGAAACGCUUGUCGGCUGCACAUGGGAGUCGAACGACAAAUGCAUUUUCAAGGACCCAUUGGAGAGACAAGCACGCUUCCUCCGAGAGAGACACCCCGGCCCAAAUCAAAAUAUGGAUUACUGGGCAGGCCGUCGGCCAACGCUUGGGUACCAGCCCAGAAGUAGCCAGCAAUCGGCUCUCCUCCCAGUCCAUGCUUCUCGAUCAUGAAGAAACAAUGUCACUUCGUUCGCCGCUGGGCAGACAAGUUGAUCACGACUUUACCCAGAGUUGA